UGGGGUGGCGAGAAGGAGAGGUGUUCGGGGUCCGAAUGCCGGUGGGAAGGAGCUGGUCCCAGACCCUCUCCUCUGGCCACGGAGGCACCCCGAGGGCGCAUCACGCCUCCUUCUCCUCGGGGAUUGGCUCUGACUUCCCAGGGUCUUAGCCUCCGACUCACACCCACUGCCCAGACCCAACGAUUCCACCUCCUCUCCCAUGUCUGCCCACAGCCACCCUGAAGCUCCAGGGGUCCGUGGCUCAGCAUCUGACCACCGCAGGCAGCCUGGAGUCCGAGGGUGAGUGGUCAGCAGCUGUGGAAGUGCCCACAGGGAAAAUGGAGAUGUACGAUAAGAGCAUUUCAAGUUGCUGGGAAGGCUACCAGGAUGUUAUGGAGGAUAUCAAAGAAGACUGGUGCGACUGGGCCAUCAUUAGCAGGCCUUACAGCGACCUGCAGGAAUGCUUGGAAAUAGAAGCGGAACGCUUUGGCCUGGGCUUCCCCAAUCCCUCGGCGGAACAGAUCAUCUUUAAGACUCACCAGACCCACUUUGCCAACUGCACCCUGGCGGAGACCACCUUCUCAGACCCCCCGGAGGAUGUGCUCCUGGCCAUGAUCAUAGCCCCCAUCUGCCUCAUCCCGUUCCUGGUCACCCUUGUGGUGUGGAAGAGUAAAGACAGCGAAGCCCGGGCCUAGGGUGGCAUAAGUUUCUCAGCAGCCACCCCUCCCUUCCCUGCCACCCCCAGGUCUCCCUCCCCGUCUCCCUGCCCCCUUCUCUCGCCUCACUGCACACAGAGCCUGAGAUUGGGGGAAUGGAGCUGGGUAGGGUCAUGGCACCAGUUCUGCAAUUUUCAAAAUAAAAGGUUUCUUUUGUACACC